GUCCGGUUCAACCGGGAACCGGACCAUAAACGAAACGAUAGAUGUUUAGUGGCAGAAAUAUCGUAUCGGCCGGUUUUUUAGGUCGAACCGGUCUGAUGCGAAAUAUCGGCCGAUGUUGAACCUACCGGCGGUAGUAUGUUUGCAACAAAACGACGCCGACAAGUUGGCCCUUGUCAGUUGUCACCGGCUCCACACCACGGCCCCUGCUCCAUCUCAACCGCCGACCUGCGUCGCCGGCCACAUCCGCCGCGUCUGGCCAUCGCGCUUCCCAUGCCAUCCUGUCGCUGAUCGGGCGCGAAAGAAGAAUGAAGAGGAAGGAAGCUGCUGUUUGGAAAAAGAAAGAGAUGAAAUAAGGCUGCAUUUCCAGAAUGAGAGAGGGGAGAGACAAGAGAGUUACGCAGACGGCUGAGUGACAUGGAGAGGGCGCCUAGGGUUUUUCUUUAUGUCUAUGGGCCUUAUUUUUCUUUUUUUAAUGAAGUUCAUGGGCCUUAUUAAUAAUAUACGCUGGGAAGGAGAAGGAAGGACUUUUGGUUAUGUCCUUGGAUCUCAAUUCCCAAUGGUCAUUUAGUUCCCUCUAGAGUUAAAAUUUAUUUAAAAUAAAAUAAAUUUUGGAUU